UUCAUUCUUCGCCUGGAGUUUUGUGAGGUACCAAGUUGCUUUACGGGAAAAGGCAACUAUAAUUUAGUAGGGAACUGCCCUGCUUUAGACUUUUUCAUGGUUAUUAAUUUGUACAAAGAAUCACAAGCUGGUACAGCGGGAACCAAACUGGCAAAUCAGGCUGCGGAGACAACUGUGUAAUUCGCUGGAAAAAGAAACGGAGAACCUCUCCUGCGUACGGGGUAAAUUGACAAAGGAUUUUACGACACAGAGAUUUGAGAGUUAAAGAAACUUUUCCGGUUUUUCUGUAGUUUUAAAGGAAUAAGCGUCAAAGGAGAAUUUAACAUACAGGCACAAUCUAAGUGUGACAGGAAGAGGAGUUUUCAGAAAGUGUUUUUAGGGUGAGGUUGGAAGAAUGUUGUUUCCAAAUAAUCAGUGGAUUUUUGGAUGCUAAAGGGAACAAGAGGACAAUGUAUAUAAAAAUAUGCAAGAAUCAAAGGAAACGCUCAUAUCUAAUCACCUAGACGAAAUUGUUGCUGCUGUCAGCAUAACGCCUGGAAAGAAGAUCCAAAACAAGCUGCCUCAGACAGCGCUAUUCCAACCUCCUCGAGAGAAACUCCACCAUUGUGAAGAGAAAGCGAAGUCCUAUUCUAGCUGUCACGAAUAUAAACAGGCGGUCCGCGAGCUGGUUCGCUGCGUCGCACUGACGAGAAUUUGCUAUGGCGACUCCCAUUGGAAACUGGCAGAGGCACACGUCAAUCUGGCUCAGGGCUACCUCCAGCUGAAAGGACUGUCACUGCAAGCAAGGCAACAUGCAGAAAAAGCCAAAGAAAUCCUUACCAACUCCAUCCAGCCUCCCUAUGACAACGACACAGAUGUUUUCAAGUGUUCGAUUGAGCUGUUCCAUACCAUGGGGAGGGCCUUACUCUCCCUUCAAAAAUUUAAGGAAGCUUCGGAGAAUUUGUCGAAGGCAGAGCGACUUGCAAAGGAGCUGCUGCAGUGUGGAAGGAUUAUAAAGGAGGAAUGGAUAGAAAUCCAAGCACGGAUCAAAUUGUCAUCUGCACAGAUGUAUCAAAGUCAGAAGAAAUCAAAAGAAGCUCUGCCUCACUACCAAGAGGCUUUAGAAUAUAUUGAGAGCAGUCGAGGUGAAAAAAGUCUUGAGUGUGUACCAAUAUUGAGGGAAUUAGCCGGUGUCGAGCAAGCCCUGGGACUUCACGACGCAUCCGUCAACCAUUUUCUACAGGCGCAUCUCAUUGUGCUGAGCAAAAACCCCUCUCAAGAGGAGGCAGCGGUCUCUGCGCAUUUCGUCGCCCACGCUGCUGUAGCUUCUGGGAGUACCCAGCACCAAGAUAUGGCCGAGCAGUAUUUUCAGGAGAGCAUGGCAAACCUUAAGGAUGCUGAAGGGACGGGAAAGGCCAAAUUUCUUUCAAUUCAAGAUGAUUAUUGCCAUUUUCUACAGGCCACUGGACAAAAAGAGAAAGCAACCUCGAUCCUGAGAGAGUCCCUGGAAGCCAAAGUGGCAGUGUGUGGCGAUCUCAGUCCCGAGGUGGCCGAGACCUACAGGCUGUUGGGUGGGGCCGACCUGGCCCAGGGGAACCACGCUGGGGCCCACAGGAAACUGAAGAAGCUGUCCUGGAGAAAGAUGAUGGUAGCUUGCUCCAAGACAGUGGCCAGGGGAUGGAGCAAAGUCGUGGGGGAGUCGAGGGAUGUCGAUAAGGAUGUAGAAGCCACGGCACAUGGCAGCUCGGAGUGUCUUCAGAUUCAGACCCUCUUGUACGGAGCGCAGGACAAGAGGACUCUGGCCACCCAGCAGACGGUGGACGUCCUGUCCAAGACCCCAGAGGUGGCGGUGAAGUCCAGGCAGGCCCCAAAAGCCAAACCAGCGUUCUACACGGGCGUGGCCCAGCACACUGUGCUGGGGAAGGCCAGGCCCAACAUGGCAGACUGAGACCACCGCUCCCCCCAACUCCCCUCCCCGCAGAGAGAGCUUUGGUCACGCUCGGGCGCUGACACUGAGGUGACCUAUCAACCUCUCCAGCAGGAAGAUGGAAUUGGACAGACUGUCAGGGCUGUUUGCUCCCGCAGGCCCCAGAUAUUGCGGAUUUCCUGCGGGCCACAUUUUGACUGUGGACACCCUUGGGAGUGAUCUGGUGCUUCUAUAAAGAAUUUUUCUUUUUUUACCGCCCAACUGGUUUUUCUUGCCAACAAAAUUUUUUACCCAUCAGCGCUACUGGGGCUGCAAAACCUCUCUUCACAAGUUGACAACCUCUGGUGUGUGAAUACAGGGUACGGCACCUGUGCAUAGAGAGCCCCUGGCCUAGACCUGGAGUCAGAUUUGGAGCAAUAAAAUUCUGGAAAAAGCCCCCCUUCUUACAGGAAGAUAAUAGGGAUUGAAAAUAAAAUGCUAAUGAGAGGAAUCUUGGAAGUGCUGGGGUUGAUGUUUUGAAAAUGAAGCCUGCCUCAGAGUUGUUUGGAGCCUAGAGAGGGGCAGGAGGAAGCUUCUCUUUACUUGUGCAGUCAUUCACCAAAUGGGGCUGAACAUCCGUUGAGAGCUGGGGACACAAUAGUAACCAAGACACAAUGUCCCUGUCCCCUCAGAUCUUGCUCCCCCAACAUGCACGCAGCACUAAACAUAAUGGUGAGAUUGGUAACAGAGGGAAAGAGCCCAGUAAAGCGAGGCAGGGAGUGAAUGGUGGUAAAUGGGCUAGAGGUCAGGAGAGGCAGGGUAAGGGAGUGAGGGCAGCUGAGCAGGAGUGAGGCUGGCCUGGAGAGGCUGCGGGGGAGGGCCACUGACUCCCUGGUCUCUACUCCGGGCAGAAGAAACAUGGCUGCCCUCUGGAGAUUUUUUUUUUUUUUUCCAAGUCGGUGCAGCCCUUGGCCCCCUGCUCCCCUGGCUUUCUCUGGGUUCAACAUGUGAGGUGGGGAGGAUGGAGUGGGACAAGCGCUCGUGUCCCACAGUGGUCUUCAGUCUCCUGCGGGGGCUGGGGGAAGCCAUCACCACUCGAGAAUGGAAGAGCAGAGUGGGAAAUUUUGAGCACUUCCCUUCACACCGUCAGCAAUGAGAGCCAGUGCUGGAUAGAGGGCAGAGUAGGCAGUGGGUGGGAAUGGGCUGUGGGCGGCGCUGUUCCUGCUCCUUCCCACCCUCAUCCCAUGGACCGUGGCCCAGCUGGGCCAGUGGCUAAGAUGGCAGCGGGAUGUGGCCCAGACCCCCAUCCUCUCCAGCACCCAGUGGGAAACCCAGAGCCACUCUGGUUCCAAUUGUGCAGGAUGCUGCCUCAAGAAUUGAUGGGGGGAAAUAAACCCAAAAGGUCAUGACAGGGCAGAGAGAGAGGCAGGGUCCCCAGUCCCCUUUGGAAAUUGUGACAGCUGCCCACCCCAGCCACCCCUACUGGUACCCAUUCACCCAGACAGACCUGCGGUGGGAUGAAGUCACGAGGCGUGGUCACCCCUCACCAAGUGUCCCAUCUGAUUGAAGACAUGGUUUCAACGUGGAUGGUGGACUAGGCAUUUUGAAUAUAUACCACACUGGAGUUGGCCAGGGACUGAACGUGUACGUCCAAAAUUCCUGAUGAUGCCCUAACUCUCAGUGUGAAAAUGGGGGGCCUCUGGGAGGUGAUGAAUAUGUGAGAGUAGAGCCCCAUGGAUGGGAUUAGUGCCCUGAUCAAAAGGGACACGAGACAUGAUCACUGUCUCCACCACGUUAAGACCCCACAAGAUGACCAUCGGGCAAAGCGGACAGACAACCACAACCGGCACCGAAUCCACCAGCACCUUGAUCUUCAACUUCCGGCCCCCAGAACUGGGAGAAAUAAAUGUCCAUUGUGAGAGCCUCCCAGUCUAUGCUGUGGCCACAGCCUGGGCACACAGGAGUCCAUGCUGGGCUUCUGGGGGAAAAACAGUGAAUUCUUAUGGGACUUCUUCCUUUCUGCCUUUCUUGGAGGAUAAAAUCUUGGGGUCAUAGAAACUAAAAUGCGUUUUAAAUAAUAGCAUCCCUACCCCAGGAAAGAAUGAAUUUAGGAAUGGCCCGCCCAAACAUCUCUUGUCUAUUAAAUGUGUUAACUUCAGCAGGAGAGGAAGACUAUAGAUAUUUGUGGUCUUCGUGGUAAAAAGUUAUACACAGGUAAGUGUAUCUAAAAACUCUUCUGUGUCUCAAACAGUUGCAAGUUUUUCAAGCAUCUAAGAAACAGCCAUGAUUUACUAACCUCUCCAGUCUACACUGGGUUCACUGGGUGAACCAACCAUGCUGGUGUGCCUCGGGCUGUCCUGGUUUUAGCACUGAAUGUCCUAUGUCCUGGGAGACACCUCCAUCCCAGGCAACAGUGGGAUGGUGGUCACCCUACGGCACUAGCCUUCCAGGCUGGGAUGACCACAUUCUUACCACAGACUGUCCGUCUGUAUUUGGAUACAAGCCAUCUGGGUUUUGCUCUGUCUGCCAUGCUUUCUAGUUCUGUGUGAACAAUGCCAAGUUCUAAUUCAGGUAAGGGACUGGACCUUCUCAGACAGAGUCUCCCCAGUGAAUCUGUGCCACUACUUAAAAAAAAAAAAAAAAAAAACCAUGCAUGUAAACACAUAUAUUUUAAUUCGAGUUUA